CUCGAAUACCAGGUAGCACCACACCACAGCCCUAAGCCCUGCCCUUACACGCAACAUGAACCAACGAGCCAACCGUCGACUACCUAUCGAUGCAUUGAGCGGACUCGGAGAUCGGAUUCUUGUCCCAUCAUCGACUCAGUGUCUCAAUCCCCGACCCCCCGUACUACUCAUCUACAAGACCCUCCCUACGAUGCCUAUCGUGACCUUGUGCGCAACAGUGACACUCCGUCUUUCAUUCAUAGCAAUUAUCGGAUGUCCAUGGGCGUAUUCAUAGCAUCUGUGCCCUCCCGGCCCGUGAUCAAUUUGGCCAUGUCAGGUCAUGUAAUAAAACAUCCGACGCAUCACCAUCGCACUACUCUGCAGUUUGCAACUCGUUCUCGUACGAUCCUCCUGCGGUGGCUUUUCUCGCUAUUUCUGCGCUCAGUGGCUUUUCGUACCAUUUCUGUCUUCACUACUGUUACAGGCUUCGGUACAGCUGCCGUGCCCUAAAAAGAGGGUCAUGGUAGACGGUUGGGUGCUGCUGCAUGCCCGUAGGCUCAACCAAAUGUGCGUGUAUGA